CUUCCAUUCACACAUUGUAGGUGACGAUGAAGCGGAAGCGCAGCGGUGAGGAGAAGGAGGAGAAGGAGGAGGAGGAACUGCGAGACGCAAGUAUGAUCCCAAACCAUAUUCCUGGGUGCCGCUGGCGAGAUAUCCCGCGAAACACCAAGCUCACCGACGUUGAAACAAUCACGUUUUUCAGCGAGUUCAAGCGUGCUGGAGAUCUCACGGACAACGAUGUCAUUGACCGCUGCAACUUCCUCAUGCGGCAUGCGCCUCCCAAUAGCUAUCUGAAAUUGAAAAUCAAAAGCAAAUUCAUCCAACUGAUUAAGCGCCUCGAGAAGGUCGACCUACAAGAGCACUGCCUCAGUCGUGAUGAUUGUCUUCAACCAAGCGGUGUUGUCUGGAAGACGGGCGAAGAGAUUGAGGCCGCUGGGCGCGACUGUUUCCCCGACGACGUGAUGCUCUGCACCAUCGACAAGGAUUUGUUCAAGUUGUGGCCAUUGCUGUCGUUCAUGCAGGGCAUUGGUACGCUACAUCAAGUUGACGGUCGCGCAAUCGACCUUGGGCGAAAGAUCAUGCAUCUGCUUGACGAACUGGGAAAGCAGUAUCCGGCGCUCGCGAAGCUGCUCGAUCCACCAACAGUUAUCUUCAACUUGCAGGCUAUGAAGAUCAAUCCGGCUGCAGUCGUUAUUCCCGCUGGACUCGCACCUGGAAAUGUGCCCGCGUUUCCUGGUGCCGUUGGCAUCUGGACUUGCCCAUCGGAGUUACGCGCUGGCGAACUUAUCGGCCACCUCCGCGCUACGCUCGCUCCUGUCUUGCUGCCCGGCGUUGUCCCGCAGUUUCAUUAUUUUAAUGCACCCAUGCAAAACCUCUAACAUGACAACCUGCCACACCAAUGUUGGCAUUUGCUCCUAA